UUCUACAUAAAAUUCGACUUAUUUUUAUUUCCUGAAUACAUUUACUUGAUUAAUUGUUGAUGUUUCUUACGUACUUUUUUGAAAAUCCACACUAUUUUUGAUUUUUAAUUUUGCAAAUAACAAGUGAAGAAUACACAUAUUAAUAUGGUUGAGGGAGAACCAGCUCAUCAAUCUGAUGAAUUACCAAAAGUUGAAAAUGAGCAACCAGUUGAAGCUGAACCGGCUGUUGCAGAAUUAGUUGUUAAACAUCCAUUAGAGAAUAAAUGGACACUUUGGUUCUUUGAAAAUAAAAGUAAAGUUUGGGAAGAAAAUAUACAUGAAGUUGCUAGUUUUGAUACUGUUGAAGAUUUUUGGUGCUUGUUUAAUCACAUUAAACGUCCGAGUCAACUUUCUUACCAAUGUGAUUACAAUUAUUUUAAAAAUGGAAUCAAACCUAUGUGGGAAGAUGGAAAAAAUAGUGCUGGAGGACGUUGGUUAUUGCAGUUACCACCAGCAAAAAAUAGCCAACUGGUUGAUGAAUGCUGGAAAAAUAUAAUAUUAAGUAUAAUCGGUGAAAUAUAUGACCAAAGUUCUGAAAUUAAUGGAGCUAUAGUCAAUGUACGAAGCAAAGGAACUAAAAUAGCAGUAUGGACAAACAAUGCAUCAAAAGAUAAUGGGAAUAAUAUUAUGGCUAUUGGAAGGAAAAUAAAAGAAGUUUUGGGCGUCAAUGAAAAAAUGGUUUAUGAAACUCAUGCAGAUACAGCAAGUAAACAAGGAUCAUUUACAAAACAUGCAUUUAUGAUAUAAUUUAACGAAGUCUUAAUAUAAUUAAAAAUACAAUGCAUUUAAAGUGAAAAUAAAUAUUUAAAUUAACAAGUCUUA